GCGGUCCGCGCGGCAGCAGCAGCAGAGGUACGGCGAUCACAGAAUCUCAACCAGGGUCAGGUUCAGCGACGUUCCACGUCCCAACCAGGCACCGCUGCAGGACAAGGACACGGACAAAAGGAGGGAAAACUGCCUUUUUUUUUCUAGAUGCCCCAUUUAAUUUUGACGUUUGCUUUUACGACAAUAGCGCGUUUAACGGGAACUUUGGUCCUCGGUGCAGCCGUCCGGAGCAUGGAAGCCGGCGUGUAGAGAAGUGCGUCUACCCCCAAAACUUCAAAGACUUUUAUAGCAGGGUAUAGWUUUAUUUUAAUAACCAACCCGCACAAAACCUAAAGAAAAAAUAUUUAAAUGGACUCAGGUUGUUUCCAAGUGUUGUUUCCGAGAGGCUAAACAUCUUUUUAACUUUAUUUAGUUGCUCCUAAUUUAAAGAAAAAGACGCGCAGAGACGGGGACGUGGAUGUGUUUCCAGUCAUGGAUGUAACAGUUUACCCACCUCCUCCUCAGCCUCUGUCCGCCUCAGACCACACCARGCUGGGACAGCUCUCCUACCCUGACCCGGCUUUUGGGACCAACAAGCUGGAUGGGGACACCAUGUUCCUGGGUAUGCCAGAAGCAGGCCUUGACUUCACCUCGACCAAUCAGUUUCGUGUGCCACAGCCCCCUCACCCGCUCACCAAGGUGACGCCACCAAACCCACCCUCACAGCAGUGGAGGAGGGACGCACACAUGGCCGACGUACAUCGUCUUCCCUGGUCCUAUCCAGURAACGGUUUGGGCGAUGAUGACUUCAACAUCCCACCCAUCACUCCCCCCACCUUGCCAGACCACAUGCUGCCCCCUCACCUGCCCCACGAUUCUUCAUCCGGACUGUAUCACUCUGUGGAGCCCCCGUCCAGUGCAGCUCCGCACCACCACUACCAGCUGCAGGGCGGGGAACUGCCUGGCUUGCCUGGCAGGCAGGAUGGAGCUGCUGGACUGAACCAGGAUGGUGGCACAUUCAGCCCAGGUGGUGGACCCAUGACCAGUACUCUGUCUGUGAUGCAGCAGAUGGUGAACUCAGACUCUCGGUUCACCUGCAGCCAACAGCCAAUCAAAGCAGCACUCGGACCCAGGAGCCAAUCAGGCCUAAACCAUCAAAACCAGUUGUCUACCAUCAACCAAUCCCAGCUGGGGUUGAAUGGGAACUCCGUUAACCAUAACUCCCCAUCUCCUCCUGGAAGUAAAUCCACCACACCAUCUCCAUCCAGCUCAGCACAUGAGGAUGACAAUGAUGAUGGACUCAGGGGGGAGAAACGACCCGCCACCGUCGACAUCUCAAAGAAACCCAAAACGCCRAAGAAAAAGAAAAGAAAAGACCCCAAUGAGCCGGUGAAGCCGGUUUCAGCCUACGCCUUGUUCUUCAGGGACACCCAGGCCAACAUCAAGGCCCAGAACCCCAACGCCACCUUCGGGGAGGUGUCGAAGAUCGUGGCCUCCAUGUGGGACGGCCUGGGAGAAGAGCAGAAACAGGUUUACAAGAAGAAGACUGAAACAGCUAAGAAGGAGUAUCUGAAACAACUGGCUGCCUAUAGAGCCAGCCUGGUUUCUCAGAGUUACAACGACCCGUCUGAGAUGAAAGCUCCCCACUCCUCCACCUCGUCCUCCCCCUCUGCUACCUCAGUGUUCACUCCUAAACCUUCAGUUUACCCCGGUCACCCAGGCCAGCACUCUUCCUCCAGCUCACUCACCCAUCCUCUCCCUCCUCCUCCUCAGCACCCGGGCAUGUACAUGUCCUACCCUCACCCAUCACACCCGUCCCACGUCUCGAGCCCCGGCCUCGGCCCACACUUACCCCCUCCUCACGCCCAGAUCCAUCCCCAGCUCCAUGCUCUGUCCUCCAGGGGGACCGUGCCGCGGGCCAGCGUCCCCCACCAGGGAUCCCUGUCCCUGGGCAACGUAGUGGCAGCAUCCACCCCUCCCCUUCAGGUGAGCCCUCCACUCCACAGCCAGGCACACCUGGGGGGGCUGCACAGUCCACACCAUCAGCACCAGCAGCUUGGCGGACACUCACUGGGAAUGAGCCGCUCUCCUGCCAUUACACAGGGCUACCCUUCAUCUCUCCAUUCUGACUAUCAGCCAAUGGGAGGAGGUAUGCUGAACAGCGGCUCAGUGAUGUCAUCAUCAGUGGACUACCACCAGCUAGGGCGUCACACACCAAACCACCACCCUUCUUUGGACUGGAGCAGCGAAUACCAUGGCAAUGGAGGUCUUCAGAGAGACAAACCUUUGUAUCUGAGCUAAUCUCAGGACCAAAGCACGCCAAAAACCGACUCUCCUGCUGCCACAACGUGAACCUCCUGCCUCRUGUCUCUGUUAGCCCAGGUCAGCCUGGUUCUAACCUAACAAUGGACUUGUGGACAAAAUAUGAUCCAAACAUGAAUUCAGCACUUAAAAAACCCAUCAGAAGGAUAAUUAUGUAUAUUUCUUUAAGAUAAAAACAGUGUUACCAAGUGACAUGAACAUCUGUUAUUGGCUGUAUCUUUUCUACCGAUCUCUUUCUGCGUAUCUGCUCCCAUUUCAGUAGAAAAUGUGUCCAUAAACAAGAAGAGGUUGUGCUGUGAACCAUGCAGACUGRUGUAUUUACUCCCAACAUUUAACUAUUUUGUCUGCUCUGAAAUUUUCAUAUGUAGUUUCUCAUUUUUACUAAGGACGGUGUUUCUGAUCAGCACCAAAAGGCUCUGCAGAGCAUGUGUAAAUUACUGUAACAUAAUUGUUUAACUUGUCAAUUUAAGGCCAGCUGUUUUAUUUUGAUUUUUUUUAUUUUUGGUGUUUAUUUGUUUGUUGUUUCUUCUUUUUGACCUCAUAGUUGCUGUGUCCUUCUACACCCAAAGCCAAAAGAGCGCAGCUUAAGAUUUAAACCAAAUACGACUYGGACUGUGUUCCCCUCACCAGGUGUAUAGUUAAACACUGCUGUACGGGCUGAAGUCCCCUCAGACUGACUGCACAGACAGAAACACUUGUGGUCCUUCUGAGAACCCAACACAGCAAUAAAGACGCUGCUUUAUUCAGCUAAAGAUAAAUAAGAGAACGAUCUGAAGCGUCACCCUGAAGCUUUUUGUUUGUUUACCCAGGCACCAACUGUGAAUAAUUAUAAGAUUAAAGAACUUUCAUUGUUCUCUUGAAGAAAUCUGAUCUAUUUUAGUCCCUGAAAUAAAAUGUCAGAGAAUUGUUUGUUGAACAAAAAAAAAAAA